GGAAUGCUGAGACAGACGCACGGUUUAUUUUUGGGUCAGUGACAGUGUGUCAAUGGCCGCAGAUGCAUCGCAAAGGAAGGCUCUGAGUUACCAACAGACCCUGCUGUAUGGGGUGUACAGUGAACACCCUGGAGGGUCCUGUCAACGAGAGGCUGGUCACCUGCUGACAGAGAAACAGGUAAAGAAAAACCAUCAUCAUCAUCACCAUCAUCAUGGACACCAUCGGCAGAGUCACAAACACUGUAGCCGACACCACGGGGAACCAGAUGCAGGAGAUGAUGGCAAAGAAUCGGAAAAUAGGCACACAUCUUCCGUGAAGAAAGACCCCUCCUGCUCCAAGUAUAAAGACUGUGUGGCUCGUGUACAGGAGUUUCUAGUAACUAAAUUGGGAGAAGACUGGAUCUUUCUAGUGCUCCUGGGCCUCUCCAUGGCGUUAGUCAGUUGGACCAUGGACUACGCCAGUGCCAAGAGCCUCCAAGCUUACAAGUGGAUGUAUGGAAAGCUGAGAAGAAAUAUCCCGCUGCAGUACUUGGUUUGGGUCACCUAUCCAAUGGCGCUCAUCAUGUUUGCCUCCUUCUUCUGCAACCUGGUUGCUCCACAGGCCAUCGGUUCUGGUAUCCCUGAGAUGAAAACUAUCCUUAGAGGAGUUGUGUUGAAAGAGUAUCUUACAUUUAAAGCAUUUGCAGCAAAAGCAGUUGGACUUACUGCUGCACUAGGAAGCGGAAUGCCAGUAGGCAAAGAGGGUCCUUUUGUACACAUAGCCAGCAUUUGUGCCGCUGUGCUGAACAGGAUUAUGGCCUUUUUCUUUGGGGUCUAUCGGAGCCCAUAUUGCUACACAGAUAUUCUCACCGUCGGUUGUGCUGUGGGGGUAGGCUGCUGUUUUGGCACCCCACUUGGAGGAGUGUUGUUCAGCAUCGAGGUUACAUCAACGUUCUUUGCAGUGAGGAACUAUUGGAGGGGAUACUUUGCUGCCACAUUUAGUGCCUUCAUAUUCAGGGUGCUUUCAGUGUUCAAUAAAGAUGCAGUCACCAUCACUGCUCUGUUCCGCACCAAGUUUCGCAUGGACUUCCCCUUUGACCUGCAGGAGCUGCCAGCAUUCGCCAUCAUUGGCAUUUUCUGUGGCUUUCUUGGAGCUUUCUUCGUCUACUUGAACCGGCAGGUUGUCCUGUUCAUGAGAAGACCCAACGCCCUUACACGGUUUCUUACCAAACACCGUCUAAUUUUUCCAGCUGUUGUUACAUUUGUGAUCGCGACGCUGACAUUCCCUCCAGGUUUUGGACAGUUCAUGGCAGGAGAGCUAAUGCCCAGAGAAGCUAUAAACUCUCUGUUUGAUAACUUCACAUGGACUAAAAUAAAGAGUGCUUCUGUUCCACCUGGUCUGGGACGAUCUUCUGCCUGGCUUCAUCCGGAUGUCAGUGUAUUUAUCAUACUGAUUCUCUUCUUUAUCAUGAAGUUGUGGAUGUCAGCUGUGUCAACGACAAUGCCCAUCCCCUCUGGAGCAUUCAUGCCUGUGUUUGUACUUGGUGCAGCAUUUGGUCGUUUAGUCGGAGAAAUCAUGGCCACUUUAUUUCCUCAUGGCAUCCUGUUUGAUGGCAUCCUCUACCGGAUCAUUCCUGGAGGGUAUGCUGUCAUUGGUGCAGCAGCAAUGACUGGGGCUGUCACUCAUACAGUCUCUACUGCUGUGAUUUGUUUUGAGUUGACUGGUCAGAUCUCUCACAUUUUGCCCAUGAUGGUAGCAGUUAUCCUGGCCAACAUGGUUGCACAAGGACUACAACCCUCACUCUAUGACUCCAUCAUCCAGGUCAAGAAAUUGCCCUACCUCCCAGAGCUAGGCUUCGGUCAUAUCAGUCAAUAUAACAUCUUUGUUGAAGACAUCAUGGUGAGAAAAGUGAAAUAUCUGUGUUCACAGUCCACAUACAGAGAAGUGGUACAUUUACUAAACUCCACAUCCCUCAAAAACUUCCCUCUGGUGGACUCAAAAGAAUCUAUGAUCCUCUUGGGAAGCAUUGAGCGCUCUGAGCUUCUUGCCCUUUGUGACUGGUGGCUAUCAGCAGAGCGACGGAUUCUGAUACAAAAAGAGGGUUUGCACGGUCGAGGCUUAUGUGCCAGCUGGGAAUCCAUUGCCUUUGUAGAUGAAGAAGGAGAAGAGAGUGGUGGUGAAAAGAGUGCACCAAUGCUGGAAGAAAGGAACGGCCCUUUAACUUCACCCAAACAGCCAGAGCCAACCAUCACUCCUCCUGGUAAAGGUCCUCUCCAGUCUUUCAGGAGAACUUUACACAACCUUUUCUCAUCCUCUUCAGAAAGACAGGCAGACGAGCCUGAGGCAGAGGUGCACACCCAUGAGCCAACUCCUCCACCCCUCACUGAUACAAUGACACCUGAAGAGGUUAAAGCAUGGGAGGAAUCAGAGAUGGAUAAGACAUUGGAAAUUGAGAGGGUGAAGAUAGACCCAUCUCCUUUUCAACUGGUGGAGAGAACAUCGCUACACAAGACUCAUACAUUGUUCUCCUUAUUGGGCCUCAGUCAUGCCUAUGUAACCAGCAUAGGCAAGUUAGUGGGAGUUGUAGCACUAAAAGAGCUUCAGAAAGCCAUCGAAGGCUCAACGAGGAGCGGUGUCCGCUUGCGCCCCCCUCUAGCCAGUUUCCGUGACACCAUUCGUAAGUACUCUAAGCCAUCCCAGACUCCCUCAGCCCCAACAUCCCCGAUGUCCACCUCCGACCCUGAUUCCUACCAUCCUUCAUCCCAAGAGGUCCCUUCAGUUCCCCUGGCCCCUGUCCAACAGCAGGAGGAGGCGGAAGUGUGGAUUGAAGGAGUAACACGAGAGAUAGUAGUAAACAGCAGUAGCUCUACAACAGAAAGCAGAAGCCCUCAGACAAAAGGAAGUAUCAGUGAGGCAGGAAGUCCCAAUGGCAGCCCAUCUCAAUCUUCUUCCUCUCAUCCCGCUAUAUUGCUCUCAUCCCUAAGACCUGUCCCUGAGGAGAAAAGAGAUUCUGAUCAUGAAAGCGAUGAUGAACCCCUUUAAGCUCUGUGUUUAUAAUGUUAAUUUUCCCCCUAUUUUAUUUUUAUAUAACGUUUUUGUGUUUUUUAUGUUCUGUCAAGUGUGAUAUUGUAUAUGGAUUUUAGCUAGUCAUAAUCCUAUGUGUCUGUGAAAGACUGCUAAAAGAUGAUUUGCUUAAGCAGUUAAGCUAAAUAAUUGGUUAGGAAAUGUUGAUCGUAGGUUUUUCAUGUUUUUAUGUCAUAUGAUUUCAUAUUCACAUUUGAAGGGCCCUAUAAAUUGAAUCAAUUUAAUAUCAUUUGUUUAAAAAAGAAACACAAAAGUAUUUGGUUAAUCAGGACAUCUCACCCUCUGGCUGGUUUUUGGACAGUCUCAGGACACCAUCCUAACAUCAUCCAUAACCAUGAAGCCAGCUCAGGCAUCCUUUGCCCCAUCUUUGGGUUUUCAUAAGUAUUCUGCUGCAUUAGACUUAUCCUAUAAGUGGUAAAUUGCAGGUUAUCAUUUCCAACAUUGGUGCAAAUGAACUGGAAAAAAACCUGGAUGCCUCUGUUUUGUUAGCAACAAGCUAGCUAGUAUACUGUGAUGAUCGACGUAUAUUUACCUCCUCAAACAUCUACCUGUACAAUGUUAGACAUUUGACAAGUGAAUAUAUCUGUAUGUUGAUUGAUCUCGAGCUACUUGUUUAGAAAAAGAUUAGAAUUGCUAUUCUGUAUGCUUUGGAUGCUUUGUGCAGUUUGACCUCAAUCCAUAAACUGGGAAGGAACCUGUAGUUCCCCAAAUCGAUGAGUAGGAAUUUCAUGUCUCAUGGGAGUUUUCUAAGGCUGUUCCUUUUCCUGACUCUAGGUUGAAAAUUGCAAGUUGUAACCUCAAAUCAGUAUUAAUUCUAGCUCUGCUUGCUGCCCCUUAACAGAUCUUUGUUGUACUUCAGCUAGGUAACUUUAAAUUUUGUGUGGUUCAUUUUUCAGUUUUGAAACAUUAUCUUAAACCUGCAGUGUGCUUAAUUACUUCAGCUGCAGACCAUGAAUUUUACAUAAACAUUACACUUUAUGGCCAAGAGUAUGUUCUACACCUGACCAUAACACGCAUAUGUGGUUUUCCUCAAACUGUUGCAACAAACGUAAAAGCAUGCAACUGUUUAUAGACAUGUUUUUAUUUUCUGAAGCAUUACUCGAGGCUCGAACCCUGUUCCAUCAUGACAAUGCUCCGGUACACAAAGGACAGAGCUCCAUGUAGACAUGGUGUGUGAAGGUUGGAGUGAAGAACUCGAGUGUCCUGCACUGAGCCCUGACUCUGACUCAACACCACUGAACACCUUUGUGAUGAACUGGAACACAGACUGAACCCCAGACCUCCUCACUCUUACAUCAUCAGUGUCUGAUCUCACUGAUGAUCUUGUAGCUGAAUGAACGCAAAUCCACACAGUCACAAUACAACAGCUAAAGGAAAGGCUUCCUAGGAGAGUGCAUUAUAACGGCACAGAGAGAAUAAACCUGGAAUGAGAUUCAAGAAGCACAUGUGAGUGUGAGGGUCAGGUGUCCAUUAAAUUAUCAUGUAAUUCACACCCAGUGGCUUUGAGUCAUUUAGUUCAUAAAUCUGCACAGAAAAAAAUCAACCCAGAACUAUUCAACCCUAUCACAAGCAUGGACUUUAUUUGGAUGCUUUCCUGUGCACAUAUUAAGCUGUCCAGAUUAACUGUUCACAAUUUUCCCUCCGAACCCUCAUCUCACAUCCCGAUUUCUCUUAUCUCAGGUUGCUCUAAUGUCUUUAAACUCAUAAUUCUUGGUAUACAUGGUCAGUUGGAGAACAUCACAAGCACUUAGUUUUUAUUUUACAAUCCUGAUAUACAUUCUAUCUUUAUUUAUUUCUCUCGUGCUCAUUCAGUCUGAGUAGAACUUGUAUAUUGUUUAAUAUUAGGUAUGCAGGAUUAGUAUUAGGAAAGGUUUUGAAGGUUUAUUUUCAAUCCAAGAAAUCAUAUGGAUUAUUAGAAUGUGAUGUAACGGAUUCCCAUUCCAAUGAAUUAUGUAUACGGUGAACGCUUGUAGGGGGAACUAAGAAUUAUGCAAUAAAUCAUGACAACUAUA